GCCAGACGUCCGCUCGCCGCGUCGAGCGCUCCCGCGGGGCCGCAAACUUCUCACGCGACACAAAACUUCUAGAAUACCUGUUCUACCAAGGACACAUAUUUUAAUUAAAUGAAAAAAUGGCCGCCGUGUUUUGGUGAUAACAAUCGUCCAACUAUUACUAAGAUUUUCAUGAACGUCUCAAGGAUAGCGUAAAAUCAGCACAUUAUGCAGCCUUGUUGGUCAAUAUACUUACUUGCCAUAUUCAUGUUAGGUCUAGAUUCCAAGCUAGCCGGUCAAGCGUUUCAACCAGAAUUCGCCGAGCCUAUAGCAAACUUGACAGUACCAAUUGGUAGAGACGCAACUUUUAGAUGUUUUGUCCAGAAUCUAGGCGGAUACAGGGUGGGCUGGGUGAAAGCUGAUACUAAAGCGAUCCAAGCAAUUCAUGUCCAUGUAAUUACCAAUAACCACAGAGUUGGGGUAUCUCAUAAUGGACAGACCGUAUGGAAUUUACACAUUAGAAACGUUCAGGAAGAGGACCGGGGACAGUACAUGUGUCAGAUCAAUACCGACCCGAUGAAAAGUCAGAUGGGCUAUCUUGACGUGGUGAUCCCACCAGACUUCAUAAUGGAGGAGACGUCAGGAGACGUGAUGGUGCCUGAAGGUGGCACAGCAAGGGUCGUCUGCAGGGCUCGUGGGAUGCCUGUGCCAAGAGUCAUGUGGCGGAGGGAAGACGGAGCUGAUAUCGUUAUCAGAAAUUCUAAUGGCGAUAAAAGUAAAGUUGCCAUGUAUGAAGAGGAAGUACUGACUCUCACGAAGAUAUCACGGUCAGACAUGGGCGCGUACCUCUGCAUCGCCAGUAACGGAGUUCCCCCUUCUAUAAGCAAGAGGAUCUUGAUUAAAGUUCAUUUCCACCCAGUGAUCCAAGUGCCGAACCAGCUGGUGGGAGCGCCGCUGGGCACCGACGUCACCCUCGAGUGCUAUGUCGAGUCCUCGCCCAAGUCCAUCAACUACUGGGUGAGAGAUUCCAAUGAGAUGGUGAUAUCAUCCAACAAGUACGAGGUGAUCAACACAAUGGUCAGCUCGUUCGAGAGCCGUAUGGUGCUGACUGUACGUAGGCUGACGGCCGCCGACGUCGGGGGCUACCGUUGCGUCGCUAAGAACUCGCUUGGAGAAGUCGACAGCGUCAUACGAUUGUAUGAAAUCCCAGGACCGACAGUCACCAACACAAGUCCUGCAAACAAAAUAGAAGAUUACAAAUACUCCACGCCGAUAGAGGGGCCUGACAACCAGUUUGGGUCCGCAGAGAGCUCUGACGACGAAGAUGAACGGGAAACCACCGACCUCCCAGACCGAACGCAGAACUUACCAACCACACGAGAAAACAUCUUCGACAGAAACAGAUCCAACAGUAUCAUAUCAACCAACUCUAUAGAUAAAGAAAAACUUACUAACAAAGUUCGAAAAAUAAUCAACAAAUUCGAAAUAGAUGAACGUGAGUUCUCAGAGAGCAGUAGUAACAAAUUGUAUUCCGAAAUAGAAUAUAGCCUAAUGAUAGUAGUUCUCGUCGUUGUACAUAGUUUAAUAGAAACGAACCUAACGUAGAUAGGUACUACAGAGGUUACAAUUGAGUUCUAUGAAGCGAAUGUUAUUUAAAACAUUAUUACCCGUAGGUGUUUUGGUCAAUUUCCUGAAUAUGCGAGCGUGUAUCGCGACCGUCAUCACAUUAUAAUAAUGCAGAACCUAGUGCUCGUAAAUGUAAUUAAUAGAGCAUGUGUAACGACCGGUAAAUUGAUAUUGAUGUGAGAGUUCCGAUGACGUGGAUAACCUAAAAUCGUACCGACACACGACCCGCAUACCCCACCUUCUGUUUACUUUGUUCACUUUAUAACGCUUUAACCAAAUAGAUUUCGUUGCAAACAAAUCUAUACGUAUGUUCGCAACUCACCAUCAUCAUCCCAUACCUAUAAAGUUUAUCACAGGAACCGUUUACCUAAACUGAACAUCAGGUCCAGUUCUUACAGAAGCGACUGUCUAUUGGACCUUCUAACCUUUCAUACCUCCGAAAACACAUUUUCUCGGGUUUGUGCAUUUCAUUUCGAUGUUUACGCGUAAACAACCCGUUUAAAUCUGUAUAAGUACUUAGUAUUCCAAAAAAUAUUUUUAGCAAACUUAAGUCCCGUUUUUACGACAGACAAAUCAUGUCGAUCUUUCGCUGAAAAUGUGUGUUGAAACUCCAUUAAACCUGUUCAAUUAUGUGUGAACUACUCGCAAGUGCAUUCGCAUGUUAUAUCUGAUAUUUCAUGCCGAACGGCAGUAAUUAUUACUAUCUAUAUAGUUUCUGUUUCUCUUACAAUUACUGAUUCAAUGUAUGAUAUUCAAUUCCAUAGAAUAAUUUGUGAUGUUGUAUAUGAGAACUAUUUAUAACUAUAGGAAUAUUAGCGAACUGUAAAUAUUAAUUAUUAUUAUGAUAGUUAUUUUGUUAUCUUAUACGCCAACUUUGUUUAAUAGGAAUACCUUCUACAACAAUAAUUAUAUUAUCUACUUGA